AUGCGUGAGGGUGAAGAAACUCCACAUUUAGGAGGCAAAGCCUUGCUUCUCAAUAAUAAUAAUCUUGUGCAGCAGUACAGAGCUCAUGUAACAAAAUCUUCAAAUGUGGUGCAAAAUAUUGUACUCAAUGAGAUGUUCCAAGAUAACUCAGAAAAGCUUGUUGACAAUCUAGAUCACAUAUUUGAGUGUUCACAGCCGUUGUUAUUAAAUCAUGAUAGCAAUAAUUCCUCAAAAUGGCGAAGUACUCUUAGCACAUUCUCAGACCCUGUUUCAGUGUUUGAAAAGUCUAUUUCUAGCUGUAAAGACUGUGAAAACCUGUCUGUUGAUGCAAACAAUUUUUUGAAAUCUAAUUGUAAAUGUGCCAUGAUGUUGAGUAUGUCCAAAGAAAAUGUAUGUCAUAAUGUGGGAAUAGAGAAUUCUCCACAAGAAAUUACUUCAUAUGAUGAGCACAGAUUUAAGCCUAAAUUCAAUAAAUUUAAACAAGCUAAAAAGGUUUCUAUUCAUACUGAAGCUGAGGAUAAUAAAAUGAAGACAUCUUCAGAAUUGGAUGAUGCUGAGCAUAAGCAUCAAGUGGCCAAAAUAAUGUUCAAAACUGCAAAAGAACAAUUUCUCGCAUCUAAUCCAGCAGCUAAGAGAUCAUUGGGGGCAUCGCGCAAAGCUCAAUCAAAAUUUGUUUCUCCAAUGAUUGGGUCACAGGAAAAACAAGAAGUCAAAGAUUCAAUGAACAAUACUGAUUCAGAUAAGCUUAAGAACAUUGAUCAAAAGAUGAUUGAGCUGAUCGAGAAUGAAAUUAUUGAUAAGGGAGUGCCUAUAGGUUGGGAUGACAUAGCGGGCUUGCAAAUGGCCAAGUCUGUUAUUCAGGAGGCUGUGGUAUGGCCUUUACUACGACCUGACAUAUUCACAGGAUUGAGAAGACCGCCUAGAGGAAUUUUGUUGUUUGGUCCUCCAGGUACAGGAAAAACUUUAAUAGGUAAAUGUGUAGCGGCGCAAUGUAAUGCGACAUUCUUCUGCAUUUCCGCUUCAUCUUUGACUUCAAAGUGGAUUGGCGAUGGUGAAAAGAUGGUCCGUGCGUUGUUUUCUGUUGCUCGCUAUCAUCAACCUUCUGUUAUUUUCAUAGAUGAAAUAGAUUCUUUAUUGACACAAAGAAAUGAAACGGAACAUGAGGCAACCAGAAGAAUUAAAACAGAAUUCCUUGUACAGCUGGAUGGAGCAGCUACAGCCGAUGAAGACCGCUUACUUAUUAUUGGCGCCACAAAUCGUCCCCAAGAGUUAGACGAAGCUGCACGACGGAGGCUAGUCAAGAGGCUCUAUAUACCGUUGCCAGAUGUAGAGGCUCGUAGACAAAUCAUCUCUAAUUUAUUGCAAACUGAAAACAAUGACCUCACACACGACCACAUUAUGGAGGUUGCUCAACUGACUGAGGGUUAUUCGGGAGCAGAUAUGAAAUCUCUCUGUUCCGAAGCAGCUAUGGGCCCCAUUCGAGCUGUGCCUAUAUCCCAAAUAGUAACAAUUGAUAAGAAACAGGUACGACCCGUUACAAAAAACGAUUUCAAAAUCGCCCUUCAACGAGUACGUCCGAGUGUUUCGCAAGAUGACUUAGGCCAAUUUGUCAAAUGGGAUAAAAUUUAUGGACAAGGCUUUUAA